UAGUCUGAAUUUGUGUCUGCAUCCUCAAAAAUAUUUUGGUGUAGUGUAUUUUAAUAUUUUUUCCACGAUCUUGUAAAGUGUGAUUUUUGUGUGUUGGUAUACUUAGCCUUUUUCACUGCACUGUAGAUACCUGAAAAUCAUACAUUUCGCUUUCUCAUAUCUCAACCAUUUUUUCGAACCGAAAAUUAAUCGCGAGAUAAGUACAAAACUAUUUUUAAAAUGUUUCACAUAAACUUUUGCCGAGCUAGUAAAGUCGUAUUUACGAUAAAAAUAAAGAAAUGGAUAUCAAACUAAAAAAAAAACUGCUUUUAAACAAUCUAAAUCACUUCGAAAACAAACACAAAGAUAAAUAAAAUCACGCAAUCGGGCGUUAAGUAUUACCAUUUAAUGUAACAUUGGUUAUCAAUUUAACUGCCGGUAGUCAAUCUAAACAAAGGUUUCACUCGACCCUAAACGCUAAUAAACCUAAAAAAGCACCUCGGAUUUCACAAACCAACGCGUAUGGCAAAACCGCGGCCAUUAAAACAAUUUUAUAACGCUUUUACAUACGUAAUAAUUACUAAUAAUAAAACACACGCGCUAACUCCUGUCACAGUGCCGAGACUAUCAGGAUCAAGUUUACGUGUAUCUCCUGAACAAAGAGCAGUUAAAAUAUCGCGAAACGAGAUAUACUAAGUUUGCGGCGAGAGCCCGUGGUCGAGUGAACGCUUUCCGUUUAACAACCCCGCCGUAGCGAGUCCUCCAUUCUUACGUCACCUCACCCCAUACUAAACACGACUCCUGAUUGGCCAGUUCACUUUGCCGCGCUUUCUACAACCAAAAUCCAAAAUGAACACUAUCCUCUCUUCCCUUUCCACAAAGGGACGGAUUUGUGUCAUCGAAACGAGAGAACUACACUUUGUCGAUCGCUGUUGUAACGUGAUGUAACCUGUGUGAAAAGAGACACGUGUAUGUAGCAUCGGAGAGGGGGAAAGGGACGGGGAGAGUGGUGUCGACGUUGAUUGUAGUAGUAGAGUGCGAAGGGAGCGUGCUACCGUGCGUUCCACUAUUUAUAAUCAAAUGGGUUUCGUUAGUGUGCGUGUGUGCACACGUUAUGCACCACACCAACACAGGGGACGCGCCGAGCGAGGCAAUGAUGUGCACGAAGUAUUAUCCCUUAUUACACGAUUCGCUUCCGCGCCGGCCGCACGUGCAAUAGUCGUCUGUCGACCUCUUUUGUAGAGCGGUGUGCGAAGUCAGUUUGUUUACAUCGGUUAGCCGCAGCGAUGCAUAGUGCGUUAGUUAGCGCGAUUGUGUCAUCGACCGUGCGCUGGUUAUACCUAAAUUGCGAGUGAUUUACGGACAAUGUACCGCACGAGUAUUUUGCGGCAAAAACUUUUUGUGAACUUGUGAACUGUUGAGGUCGGAACUUUACUUGUGAUCUCAUUACCACCAAAUUGAACUGUGUAGUAUUAUUUAUUUCGGACCCUGUGCCAUUCGUGUGUCAAAGUGAACUUUCAAGUGAUAUUUUCGCACAAUUGACUUUCGAGAAUUUUUGCUGAGAACAUUUUUGUACGUCUUGAAAUUUUUUAUGACUGAUCAGAAAAUAACAUUUUUGACGAUAAAAUAAUUUUGGAAGACUGAGAUUGAAAGUGGGAAGUAAUUUUUUGACUGAAUCAAAAUUUUUCUAAAACUGAAGAAUUGGAUCCAAAAGCGGAGAGGAGCUUUAAACAAAUAGGCACACAGCAUUUAUGCAUAACAAACAAACAGCUAUCUGUCCACGCUUCUUCCGUAGAAAAAGACGUAGCGAAAGACAAAGAUGGCUAUAGCAUUCAACUUGCCGAGUGAGAGAGAGGCAACUGAGGAGAACUUUUCGCGGCUGAACCGGCUCCUAGCCGAGCUGUACGAAGUUCUGUGCCACAUAUUGGUAUCACGACAGCCUGGCCAAGAAGUCCAGGACAAUAGGCGAGAACGCCCGUACUCAGAAUCAGACAUCGCCCAACCACCACCACAAACCCAGCAAUGUAGAAGAUCAGCCUCAUCACCACCCUUAACCCUGACCCUCGACUCAGACCUGGACGACGAUGUGUUCGCCCCAAGGUCAGACCGCACCAACGACCUAUUCUCCACAAGAAACCUUGACAUCUUCGGUUAUGGCAGUCCUAGGACCCCAGCGGGGGUUUUGUUAAGUCCAAGGAGAGAUAGGACGUUUACUUUUUCGGUGACCAGUGAGAAACAUUGGAGGGAUAAGGGCGGGACGGAUGUUGCUGAUGGAGUUAGUGAUGGGUUAAGCGAUACUGAUAGUGAAAGAGAUACUGAUGAGAACGCCCGUACUCAGAAUCAGACAUCGCCCAACCACCACCACAAACCCAGCAAUGUAGAAGAUCAGCCUCAUCACCACCCUUAACCCUGACCCUCGACUCAGACCUGGACGACGAUGUGUUCGCCCCAAGGUCAGACCGCACCAACGACCUAUUCUCCACAAGAAACCUUGACAUCUUCGGUUAUGGCAGUCCUAGGACCCCAGCGGGGGUUUUGUUAAGUCCAAGGAGAGAUAGGACGUUUACUUUUUCGGUGACCAGUGAGAAACAUUGGAGGGAUAAGGGCGGGACGGAUGUUGCUGAUGGAGUUAGUGAUGGGUUAAGCGAUACUGAUAGUGAAAGAGAUACUGAUGAGACGGAUGCACCAUCAGCUGAUAAGGAGCCAGAAGGGUCGAUAUUCUCUUCAAUAAUACCUGAUAAACUAUCAGGGUCUAUCUGCACUGCUGUCAUCUUCAUGCUUGGAUGGAAACUGUUUUCAAAUAAGCGGUGAACUAGCUGUUGUGGGAGAUUUCGUGUUGGAAUCUUAGUUGAAAUGUUUUUAUUAAAUGUGUGAUGUGGUAGUAUUUUUUCUGUUCCAUGUAUUUUCUGUUUUAAAAAUAUGUUUUUGGAUUUUUUAAUAUUUUUUUAUGGCUAUAGUAAUCCAGGCCAACUUUUAUGAAUGGUACGUUUUUGGAAAGCACUUUUUUUCUAGAAACAAUUUUGAUCACUUAUUUGUUAAUUACUUUUAAACCAAUGCAGCAUGUAGUUAGUCACCUAACUAUGCCAUGCAUGAACUUUCACACUUAUCACACAUUUCAUGAAAACAUUUGAAAAUCACAAAGCGUACGACGAAUAAAUAAAUAAAGUUAUUCUCUGCGCUACGCUUUUUGCAAUUUGUACAUUUAUCAUGGAUUAUCCAAAACUUGUAUAAUGAUUAGACGUAAUAAAACACAGCUUUAAACAAAAGUUGUGUGUUUGUGUAUCGUCUAUUGAACGCACACAUGUAUACCUUAAUACAUAAUAUAUUAAUAUUAAUACGUAGUGCUUAAAAAUGUUUGGUCCAUAGCACCAUGUAUAUGCUGCUAAAAACAUUUGGUAAUAGCGAAGCGAUUAAUUUAUUUUUGAAAUUAGAAAAAUAUUUUUGUAAACGGAAAACGUUUUGUAGAAAAAGCAAAAUUUUUAGAAAAAUAAAAUUAAAAAAAAAACUUUUUGAUGAUUUUAAAAAUAUUAUAACUGUUUCUAGGAAUUCUUGUUCACGACUGUUCAUUGUUUUUCAUGCACAUUCAACAAAAAAAAAGCUUUGUAGAUUCACGUUAUCGUAAAAAAAUGAACACUCAAUAAAUAUUAAAAAUAAUCGUUUACAAAAGUAAUUAAAAUGUCAAUUUACAUUCCGCUUUCGAUGUUGAUAUAUAAAUAAUACAUAACCAUAUAAUAGAUAUAAAUCUUUAAUAAUAUAAGGAAUUUUGAAGUAUUCAGAAGGAUGGACCAGCGCUGUUAUAGAAAAAUAGAUUUUAUUUAAAACUUUAAUAAAGUCCGUUUUCCCAUAAAUUGUUCCAAAGAGAGCAGCCUAAAAAUUAUUAUCGAUUGAUCUCAUUUUUUAUUUUUUUUUGUGUAAUAAAAAUGUUUAUUUUAAAUAUUUUAGAGUUAGACCAUUGUAUGGUGAGUGCCAAGUUAUUUCACUGGAGAUUUUAUGAGAUGGUAUAUUUUGAUAAUUAAUUAUCAUUAAUUGUAUAUAAGUUAGUUAAGAUUUAUAAGCUCUGUCACUUGUAAUUACCUAAAUAGUAAUUUGUUUGAAUCAGUAAUGCUUUUGUUGAUUAAUGAAUCGAUUCUAAAUUAAAAAUCGGAACAAGAAAAACAGGUGAUUUAGAAGAAAAUAUAAUAGUUCUUUUUAGAAAAUUAACUAAGCAUUUCAGCUCAGUAAUGGGUACUUUUUGGCAAGACUUAAAUAAAUUCGAACUGUGUGUAAAUAUUGGAAAUUUAAAGGACACGAGCACAUUAUUAUUAAUAAUUUAGCUUUUAUCAAAUAGUUAUGUAAAUAAAAAUACUCCAUUAGUACAGCUAGCGUAUAACUCAUACAAGUAAGACAUACGAGGCUUUGAAAUUUAAAAGUUUCAGUUUUGUUUCCAAAAACUAGUAUUACUUUUCUAAAAUAAAAUAAAAAAUAAAAGUUUUUAAUUUAUUUUUUACAUUUUACACCAAAAAAAUGGGAACAAAAUAUAUUUUGGGAACAAACAGUUGACUUUUUAUUGAAACCACGUUUUUUUUAAUUAAAAUAAUGUUAUUUUAAGAGAACAAAUAAACGGAAGAAUGUGUUCAAAUGUGAUAUGUAUUUAUUUAAGGAAACGAUUAAGUAAAAAGAAGUUUUCCUAAUGAUCUCUUGGAAACUCUUAUCUGCCGAUAAUAUUUUCAUAUUUUUUGCUGACAAUUGUCCCAAAAAAGUAAAUGAUAUUGCUCUUAUUACACCAUAAGAAGGUUAAUAUACAAAUAUAUUACCAUAAACUGGCUCUAAUCCGAUAAAAUUAAAAAGAGACAAAAAAACUUGUCAACUAAAAAAUGAGAAAGUAAAAUAUAUUUUUGUAACUUUUGUCAGCAAAAAAUAAUAAGAAAAUAAAACAUGAAUAAAGCAUUUAAGAGUUCUGUACAUAAAUUAAAAUUGGUAUGCUUAAUGCUCUUUUAUAAGAAUAUAAUCUGUAGUGCAAAAAUUUCUAAAUUUCCAUAAUAUAAUGCUUAACAUGAAAAAAAAAUCUGUAUGGAAUAUGCAAAACUAAAAAAUAAACGGAAGAAAAAUAAAAUAAAAUUUUAGUAAUAAAAUGUAGGUACACGCACAAGAUAGUAGUCAAACUACUGUUUUCUUUAUAAUAAGUAUUUUCAGACUAUAUUUUGCACAUUCCAGACAGAUUUUUAGUAAAAACCCGCUUACUGCUGUAUUCACAUUAUGAUUAACUAUAAAAUAAUUAUGAAAUUUUAAGCAAUAUAAUUGUAAUUACUCAUACACGUGUAAGAUUUAUCUCACUACCAAGUCUUUUUAUUUUUACGAGAAGAAAAACUAAAAAUUUAUUCGAUUAUUUUUUAGACUAUUUUAGUAAAAUCGUGUGAUCUACACUGUGUAUAAAACGGCCUGUAUAUUUUAGUUUAAGUUAAUUUAGUUUUUAGUUUAGUUUGUAUUAUUUAGUAUGGUUUUAUAAUAGUCAUACCAAUUGACUUUAAUUAAGCUCCUUAUGUAAUUAGUUUCAGAAUCAACUGCCAAUUAUUAUAUUAUUCUGUGUUUUGAUAUUUCUUUAUUUGAAAAUAUACUUUUUAUAAAUA